AUCUCCCAUUCCAUCUGAUGAAGGUCCAGGUUGGGUUGUUAUUGACAUUCCUGAACAGACAGAACCUGUUGAAAUGAAUCAAGAGAGCACCAACACUGCUGAGCAGAGUUCAGAGCCAGAGACAGUAGAGUUGCGGCGUUCUGGGAGAGAGAGACGCCAACCUCGUAAACUAACUUAUGAUGAGUUAGGUGAGCCUUUAAUUUUAGCUCUCAAUUCCUUUUUGUCAGAGUUUCGCAAUUGUAUUCUCUCAGAGCACUUUCCUUCACACACCUGUUAAGUCAAUUGUGCAUGCAGAGACUCAUGCACUUUAGAGGGGGAGAGUGUAACCCAGGUCAUUUUUUGAGUAUGGGAUUUCUGAUUAUUUGGUAGUCACUGAACGCACCACUGUGCCGUGCGCAUAGCCACUCCCUAGUCUAGCCACAGAGUUUUUCCUUCCGUUCGUCCGAUGACGCGCAUGCUGCUCUCGUGCCCUCUGCGAGCUGGAAAUUCGGGCUGGUUUGUUUGCCUUUUGAUACCCUGGAUCCUACUGGAUGAACUGCCUUGUGGAAGUCCUCAUCUGAUGACUCAGCUGAAUCGUCCUGGCCGGUAGAUGGUCGUUGCUGCGGGUGGAUGCUUCUGCUUGCUGGAUACUAUUAUUGGACACUACGCUGUUCCAACAGAGCGGUAGGAAUAAUUCAAAGGGCCCCAACAGUGCACUUUACUUUUCCCUGAGCUCAGGUGAUUUUCUUUUGGCCAAAGGACCUUAAAGGAUACAUAUUUGCAUUUAUUUUUAUUUUUUGGGGGGGACGCCGAGUGGAAGGACACUAAAAAAAAGAUUAUUAUUUAAAAUUGUGUUUAAUAAAUGUGUUUAUGUCAAGUGAGUGUGGUGUCCAUUGUGUGCUGGAAGGCUUACUGUUCCUGUGGUGGAGCAGCUACUACCAAUCUCCUUUACGAAACUAGCCUCUGACGGGAUACAGAUAUUUGGGACACAUUUGAAUUCUUGUAACCUAUUUCUAGAGAAACUGUGAUUCUGGGCCUAGACAUCGGGGUGAAAUUGAUGACACUGACACCUAGUGAACUGCCCAAGGUCAACAGUCCUGAUUUCCAAGCAUUAAAGCAUUGGCGAUGAAAACCUUCAGAAAUUUCUGAAGGAGGCCGCGAUGAUGGACCCACGUUUUAAAGGCAGGCUAGGUGGUGAGGCAGCUACUGACAUCUGGGACAGGUUGGAGAAGGCAGCAGUUGCAAAUGCCACAGCAGCAGUUGCACAGCCUCCCACUGAGGACCCCAAAGCACACAGCGAGGUGGAUGAUGCUGACAUGGACAAGCCAGAAAAAUAUCUAAGUAAGGUCCAGAAGUCACCCUUAGAAAAGCUGUUUGAGUAUGAAGACAGAGAGCUUCAACAGGCUGCUUCUCAAGCGGGUAGAGUCCCCUCAAUCACAGAGCAGGUACAGAAGGAGCUUCAAAUAUACAAAAGACUGCCAGGAAUUACCUCUGGACAAGACCCUGUGGCCUGGUGGUGGAGUAUGAGGGAUACACUCCCCAAUUUAUCUGCCCUAUCAGAAAAAUACUUGUGUGUCCCAGCCUCAUCAACGCCUUCUGAAAGAGUUUUCUCUUGUGCUGGGCAUGCCAUCAGCCAAGAGCGAUGCCGUAUAGCUCCAGAAAAGGCUAAUAUGAUUAUCUUCUUGCAAAAAAAACUGCUAAACAUCACAGGUUUCAUGACAAAGUUUGUGUUUUCAAUUGUUUAAGCACUGGUUCCAACCAAAGAAGUUAUGUUUUAUUGACAGAAAGGGCUAACUUUGUUAUCAUUUUGCUUAAAAAAAAUUACUGGGAAAAAUAAAAACACAAGAGGUUUUUGGACGAAGUUUGUGUUCUUUAUUCUUUAAGCACCGGUUCGAGCACCGUUUAAGCACCGGCAUCGUUUCAAAAGUA